UCUCACCGUGAGAGGUGUUCUCUGACCAUUCUAACUAGACUCCAAAACAGCGCAUCUGUUUUCUCUCUUGCUACAGGGGAUCAGGACGAGCUGGGAAUCCAGCAUCUGUUUGACGGAGCCAUUUCUCACCCCCUACAACCAGGUGGCUCGGGCACUUUGUCUACCUAAGAACAUGAGUGGAGAGAAGGAAGGGAACUCGUUCACUAUCCUCAGAAUUUAUGAUGAACCAGAGGAGAGGAAGUAUAAGUCAGAAGACUCUGACAUUUCCGCCCAGCAUGGGCUUGAAGCACAGUCCCAGCUGGAUGGGGUGUAUGAUAUACCUCAGUGGCCCCCAGUUUCCCCAGCACGGCGAAGCCCAGUUUAUCAGGAGAUGAGCUCUCUGACCCCACAGCAGUGGGCCCUCCAGGCCCUAGACAGGUCUGAGCUCCAGGCCAGUUGGUUCUCUGCGGGAGGGCCAAGAGAAGAUUCAGAGUUUGGCUCCAGCUGCCUACCAGGAUCCAGGUUUGGUAAGUCGUACCGGGACAAUGUGGGCAGGGAGGGUGGUAGCUCACAGUCCUCAGAUGGGGACCAGAAGCGAGGCCCCAGUCCUCCCAUUGCAGAUGAAAUAGUUGUCAGGCCGAGGGCCCCACGUGCACCCCUGAAGGUUGGCAGACUCCGCCACGGCAAGAGAGUCUGUGCCAUUGCCAUCAGCAGCUCGACUCACCACGUGUACACGUGUGGUCACGGCUACAUCAAGGUGUGGGACAAGAGUGCUCUGCACACCUGGAACAAGGCCCCUCAGGCUCAGCUGAACUUUCAGGACCAUCAGAACUGUGUCCUCACCUGUAAGCUGUUCCCCGACGAGCAGAGCCUGAUCACUGGCGGGGUGUCCCGGACCUUGACUCUUUGGGAUCUGGCACCCACACCUCGCAUCAGGGCACAGCUGGCCUCCACAGGCCCCAUAUGCUACUCGCUGGCCCUCUCCUCCAAUGCCCAGAUCUGCUUGGCUUGCUUCAAAGGAUUCGUUGAGAUUUGGGAUUUGCAGAACCAGAUCUUGAUCAGGAAGCAAGAAAUCCCUGAAUAUGGGUCCCGAUGCGUGGACCUCACAGGCAAUAAGUUCUGGACGGGAGGUGAAGACACCAGGCUGUAUUCCUGGGACCUGAGGAGUUGCCAGAAGCUGCAGCAGCUCAGUCUGCAUCACGAGAUCCUCAGCAUUACCCAUGACCCCAGUGAGGAAUGGGUGUUAGUGGGCCUGAGAACAAGCGAUAUCAUAAUCCUGCACUCGAACCGGAAGGAGAAGUUUAAGGCCUCCAUCAAUAAAUACGUCCACCACCACAAUCUGAAGUUUGCCGCCUGUGGGAGCUAUUUUGUGACCACACUGGGCGAGUCAAUCCACUGCCUAGCUGCGCCUUCUCUGCAGAGGUUGUUCCAGGAAGAGGAGUCCACAGAAAUCGUGUGUUGUGAUGUGUCCUCCGACAACCAGUACCUGGUCACGGGCUCCAAGAACUGUGCCUCAGUUUACCAGCUCUUGUACUGAAGGUUGUACACCAUGGUCCUGCUGCUGAAGACCAGAGAAGGCCAGCAGCGUGCUGGGAGGGUGACCUUGGGUGCUGGGCAACUUCCGAGGCCACCUGCCCCUCUGCUCCAUCUUCUAUGGCAGCUCAUAGGUGUCCCCCGCCCCCACCCAAACACGCCCCUAGCCCUUUUCUCCUAGUUUUUUAUUGUACAUCUUAGGAUUUUUCAUUUUCUUAUUUUUCCACCACUGAUUGCUGGGUUUUAGUGGGGAAACUUGCCUUUAUAAUUAAUAAAAUAGAAAAGCAAAAACCAGAAUGGCCUGGAUAUAUGGUAAGUUCUUUACAAUAACAAACUCACC